AAACAGAGACCAAACUUUAGAUAUCCUGAUGUAAAAAUGAUUUAGAUGAUAAAUGUAUAUAAAAGUAUGUCAAAUGUACAAACACAGAAAAGUGGUCACUUCUUAUUAUGAUGAAACAGCUGUGUACAUGAUAAUACUCUAUAUUAUCUUCACUGAUAUCAAACAUUCAGUUCAGGAGAGAUCUAUGAAUGAUCAAACCACCAUGAACUCUAUAAUGAUAUUCAUUAUAUGGUUAGAGUGUUUUCAAAACAUCCACGCAUUCAGUAUUGGCAAACCGGUUUAUCCAAUCACAGCCUCCCUUUUCCUGGAUAGAACGGAAGUCUCGGAGUGGAACGAAACUCUGGACCAAUUUCUGAGACAGGGCGGUGAUACCGUUUGGCUAGAAGCGCCACCAUUGGUUCGUCGCACAAAAGAAGAUUUGCAAAAAGACCCAGUCUUCAAAUGGUGUAGGCUUCACGACGAAGAUACAACAGAAGAGAUUGACUGUUUCACGCAUGCCCAACAGGAACUGACGAGUAAAGGUCUGAACAUCAUUUCCUUCGCGAGCUACCAGUACGAAGAAAAUUUCAGCAAAGUUAUAGUGAAGUGCCCAAAGUUCGAUAAAAUGAUUACUACAGUUUAUACCUAUUUUCGUGUUGUCUUGUCCGGUCAGCAAAACAGUGGGUCAUGUGACCUCAAUGGUAUGGACGUCGUUGUCCUCUUCACCUCUUUCUCAGGAUCCGACGCUCAUGAAAUUCUACUUGAAAGUGCGACUGCGCGGAAUAUCUCCGUCUACUUCGGUAUGCCGCGUAUUCCUAGGAGCUGGGAGUUUGGAAAUGUUGACAAAGAUCUGUUGCCCGCUUAUUAUGAAUGGGUUCGACGAAUUCUAGGAGAUCACAAAUACAGAUACUCUAACAAAACCCUGAAAGUGCGUUCUACAGAGUCAGCAAUACCUAGUAAACCUAUUAGAAUACCACUAUAUAGAACAUUAAAAGGGUACUAUAUAGCAGAUGAUGUGAACAUGGGCACUGUAGACAAAUACGAAGACAUGCUGGUGAUAUACGCCUCCUUAGUUACAAUAGUUAAAGUAGACGUUUUUCAUUCAUUGAAACUCGCUAUAGCUCCUUCAAUUGACUUGACAAAGUUCGGUCUAAAUAGGACAGUAAAACAUCACGUGACCGGUUUUGAGUAUCUCGUUAAAACGUUUGUGGACGUCAUCACUGUUCACGAAGGGCGUGGGUAUGGAAAGGCUGCAUAUUAUUGGCCGACACAGGCCAGUCAACCUGUAAAAGAUUUGGAUCCAACUUUGGAUAGAAUUCUACAAAAGAUAAAUCCAAGCUGGAAAGAAAACGGAACUUUUAGGGAAUGGUUCACUGGAAGCGUUCGCGAGCUGUUCCAGGCUAUCGGAGAAAAAGCUGUAGAAUUCAGGAAGCAAUAUAACACUUCUUUGGAAUUGUGGUUAGGUGUAGAAGCGUUCGAUGAUUUAAAUGACGAUCCAUGCAUACCACUUAGCAACGAGAUCUCAGUAAUGGAUACAGUCAGUAAGAGAAGAAUAGACUUCGCCUUGGCACAGGGCGCAGCCAAGGUCCAUAAAGCGAUGGCCUUCUCCUGGGACCCAGAUUUCACAUGCACCACACAUAAGCACAACAUGACCUUGUCGGCGGAAGUUGUUCAGGAUGCUCGGAGACCUAUUAUAUUUGAUUGUCGCUUUCAUUCGCCACAAAACAGAUCUGUUGUAACUAUUGGAGUCCAUCUCAGCGACUCUGGUUUUUAUAUCGAUUGGGCAGACAAAGACGGACACCGUCAUCAGGAUCAAUCCCACGGCUGCUAUGUAGAGGGUACUUAUGGGAUCCGUCACGCGCUAAUCCCUUCCCUUGAGUACGUUCAAAUUUGUGAUCCUUACGAAGGUGCUCAACUCCCAGAUAAAGGUUACAUCAAAGUGAGGGCGUCUGAAGGAUACCAAGAAUGUAUAUUUCAAUAUGACUAUACAAAUUGAAAUGAAUAUAUUAUAUGUA